GAGGCUGGGCUGCGGGCCGGGAGCAUGAGGCGCUGCUGGCAGGCGGCGAGGUGCUGAGGUGAGGCGGCCGCCCGGGUGCGGGGAGCGCCGCUGGCAGCUGUCAGCGCCGCCACGAACCGCCGCCGAACAAAGGGGCAGCGAGACGGCGGUAGCCGCAACGCCCCUGUCUGCGCCUCGCCGUCGGGCCGGGCGCUCCGCACCGCUUCAGCCGCCCAGUGACGGCCCCGACUGCCGGAGCGGGCAAGUCCAGAGGCCACCGUAUCCGGAGCGGAGCGGGGGAGAGGGAGAGAGGAGCGGCCGCUGAGCAAAUGGAGGCGCUGGGUGGCGGGCGCGGAGGCGCCGGGAAGGGCCGGGGAGAGCCCCUGUGAGGAGCCCGGCUGUGAAGCAUGUUACAGAAUUGUCCAACAAGUGGCUGAAGGGCGAAGGCAAAAGUGCUACUGCUAGCUAGGAGAGCAAGAUGGGAAAUACAACCACCAAGUUCCGCAAAGCUCUGAUCAAUGGAGAUGAAAACUUGGCCUGCCAGAUCUAUGAGAGCAACCCUCAGCUCAAAGAAACUCUUGACCCAAAUACUUCUUACGGAGAAACCUACCAGCACAAUACUCCUCUCCACUAUGCUGCUAGGCAUGGGAUGAACCGGAUCCUGGGAACUUUCCUUUUCGUUCGAGAUGGAAACCCAAACAAACGCAACGUGCACAAUGAGACAUCUAUGCACUUACUGUGUAUGGGACCUCAGAUCAUGAUCUCAGAAGGAGCUCUUCAUCCUCGCCUGACACGACCCUCAGAAGAUGACUGCAGAAGGGCAGAUUGUCUGCAAAUGAUCCUGAAGUGGAAGGGAGCAAAGCUGGAUGAAGGCCAAUAUGAACGAGCAGCCAUCGAUGCUGUCGAUAACAAAAAAAAUACACCCUUGCACUAUGCUGCUGCCUCAGGGAUGAAAACCUGUGUUGAGCUUCUAGUAAAACAUGGUGGAGAUCUGUUUGCAGAAAAUGAAAAUAAAGACACCCCCUGUGACUGUGCAGAGAAACAGCACCACAAAGAGCUGGCUCUUAACCUGGAAUCUCGCAUGGUAUUUUCACGUGAUCCUGAAGCUGAAAGCAUUGAAGCUGAAUAUGCUGCUUUAGAUAAAAAAGAGCCAUACGAGGGGCUAAGACUCCAGGACCUGCGAAGGCUUAAGGAUAUGCUGAUUGUGGAAUCUGCUGACAUGCUCCAAGCUCCUCUCUUCACUGCAGAAGCUCUGCUUCGGGCACACGACUGGGACAGGGAGAAGUUACUUGAAGCCUGGAUGUCUAAUCCAGAGAACUGCUGCCAGCGUUCAGGGGUUCAGAUGCCAACACCCCCUCCAAGUGGUUACAAUGCUUGGGAUACGCUGCCCUCUCCACGGACUCCACGCACCACUCGCUCUUCUGUAACUUCCCCUGAUGAGAUCAGCCCCUCACCAGGAGACCUUGAGACAGCUGUGUGUGACAUUUGUAUGUGUAAUAUUUCUGUGUUUGAAGACCCAGUGGAUAUGCCUUGCGGCCAUGACUUCUGCAGAGCGUGCUGGGAGGCAUUUUUGAACCUGAAAAUUCAGGAGGGUGAAGCUCACAACAUUUUUUGCCCAGCAUAUGAUUGUUUCCAGCUUGUGCCUGUAGACAUCAUAGAAAGUGUGGUUUCCAAGGAGAUGGACAAAAGAUACCUUCAGUUUGACAUUAAGGCCUUUGUUGAAAAUAAUCCUGCUAUUAAAUGGUGUCCUAUACCUGGCUGUGAAAGAGCAGUGAGGUUAACAAGACAGGGAUCCAACUCAACAGGAUCAGAUACACUCAGCUUUCCUAUGCUAAAAGCCCCUGCUGUGGACUGUGGAAAAGGACAUCUUUUUUGUUGGGAAUGCCUUGGUGAAGCACACGAGCCCUGUGACUGCCAAACCUGGAAGGACUGGCUGCAGAAGAUAACUGAAAUGAAACCAGAAGAACUUGUGGGAGUGAGUGAGGCCUAUGAAGACGCUGCCAACUGCCUGUGGUUACUGACCAACUCCAAACCCUGCGCCAACUGCAAGUCUCCAAUUCAGAAAAAUGAGGGCUGCAACCACAUGCAAUGUGCAAAGUGCAAAUAUGACUUCUGCUGGAUAUGCCUAGAGGAAUGGAAGAAGCACAGCUCUUCCACGGGAGGCUAUUACAGAUGCACUCGCUAUGAGGUUAUUCAGCAUGUGGAGGAGCAGUCCAAGGAGAUGACAGUAGAGGCUGAAAAGAAGCAUCGAAGAUUUCAAGAGCUUGAUAGAUUUAUGCACUAUUACACAAGAUUUAAGAACCAUGAACUUAGCUACCAGUUAGAACAGCGCCUUCUAAAAACAGCCAAAGAAAAGAUGGAGCAGUUGAGUAGAGCUCUCAGUGGAACUGAGGGAGGUUGUCCUGAUACCACCUUCAUCGAAGAUGCAGUGCAAGAGCUUCUAAAAACCCGACGCAUUCUCAAGUGUUCUUAUCCAUACGGAUUCUUCUUGGAGCCUAAAAGCACAAAGAAAGAAAUAUUUGAACUUAUGCAGACGGAUCUAGAAAUGGUCACAGAAGACCUUGCACAGAAAGUGAACAGGCCUUACCUUCGGACUCCUCGCCAUAAAAUCAUCCGUGCAGCUUGUCUGGUGCAGCAGAAGAGACAAGAGUUCCUGGCCUCUGUGGCCCGUGGGGUUGCUCCUGCAGACUCACCAGAAGCACCCAGGCGCAGCUUUGCUGGUGGAACAUGGGAUUGGGAGUAUUUAGGAUUUGCAUCCCCAGAGGAAUAUGCUGAAUUUCAGUAUCGGAGGAGGCAUCGCCAGCGUCGCCGUGGGGAUAUGCACAGCCUGCUGAGCAACACCCCGGAUCCUGAUGACCCCAGUGAGAGUACAAUAGACACUCAGGAAGGUGGCAGCAGCAGAAGACAUGGCACCUCCAUGGUGAGUUCAGCCUCUAUGGGUAUUCUGCACAGCUCUUCGCUUCAUGACUAUACCCCUGUCAGUCGCUCUGAGAACCAGGAUUCUCUGCAGGCUCUGAGUUCUUUGGAUGAAGAUGACCCAAACAUCCUGCUAGCUAUCCAGUUAUCCUUACAAGAAUCUGGCUUGGCCAUAGAUGAAGAAACCAGAGACUUCCUGAACAAUGAGGCAUCUUUAGGAGCAAUAGGGACCUCUUUGCCUACUAGACUGGACUCUGCUCCCAUCAGUAUAGAUAACCCCAGAGGUGCUUUGAGCAGCUCUGAGCUGUUAGAACUUGGUGACAGCCUGAUGAGACUAGGUGCAGGCAGUGAUCCCUUCUCAGCUGACCGUGUUCACUCACACCCCUGCAGUGACACGAGAAGUGGGUUGUACUCAACAUCUAGUGAUGCUGAUUCCAGCAGUCAAGAUCCCAACACCAGUGAAAACCUACUUGGAAAUAUUAUGGCCUGGUUUCAUGACAUGAACCCACAGAGUAUUGCUCUCAUCCCCUCCACAAGUACAGAAACAGAUGAGGAGUCCCAGCAGCCCAGUACUGAAGAUGGCUCAGCAGGACAAGCCAAUGUCUCAGAGCCAGGGCUGGAGGCUCAGGAGGAGCACGCCCUGUUCGAGGACGCGCUCAAAAACGAAGGCAGAGGAACCCAGACAGAGGAAACGGCUGCCGAAGAAAACCUCCUUCCAGGUGAAAUGGUAUCGCCAAGUGGUGACAGCAGCAGGGAGCUAAUGGGCAACCUGAAUGCUUCAGGAGAUACUUCGAGUCAGACUCCUCAGACCUCAAGUGAAUGGCUUGAACAUGUUCAUCUGGUAUGAAUAGGAAGCAGAGCUGGAGCAGAGGCGCGGCGGUGAUGGGCGGUGGCGGAUGCGGAGUGAGCGUUGUGGAGGCUUUGUUCCACCUAACCACAGCUCAGCUGUAACCACUGACGUAGCGACGGAUAGUUAGGAGUUCUCUUGGAUUGUAGUUCUUUACCAUAAUGUGAACCUUUCAAGGAAUAUCCUUUGCAUUUAAUUAGGUAGUCCUUGCCUUUUUUUGCUCUCAAGAAAAAAGGAGUAAGUAGGUUGUAUUCCACAUUCCUAAUACAAUGCAGCAUCUGUUUAGCCUUAGGUUGACGAUCCUUAACUUGAAAGUACAGAUUAAAGGCUUACACUGAUUAUUUCAGUUGGGUUUUCCUAAGAAAUAGUUGAUUCCAGGGUUUUUUUGUUAUUUUAAAGAACUCAUUCUUUCACCAAAAUUCACAUUUAGCAAUUCACUUGCCUUUUGUUUUCCAUAACUUUUCCUAACUCAUGUUUCAUUUUGGUUAGCAGUGUGAACAGAAGUAUUUAAUGCUUCUCUUUAGUACUGCUCCAGGAACAAGUCUGAGGGGAUAUUCUUUCCCAUCAAAGGUUUCUUCAUUUCUAUUUACAGUCCAAAUGUGCCAAACUGUGAAUAGUUAGCUGGCAGUAGCCAAACGAAACAGGCAGUGUUACUCUAUUGAACUAAUCCCACGACCCUUAGCAGUGAGAGAAACCACUGGGUAGCAUUGCUUCUCUAAAUUGAACUGGCAUCUGUUGCCAUGGUGACUGCAUUUAAUUAAAUGUAGCCUGUAUCUUAAGUUAAUGAAACCUAAUGCUGCUGUUAGACAGUUCUUGUAAAGAUGAAAAUGCAGCGAGGUAGCACCAGCUGGGCUGUGCUUGAAGAGACACUUUAAUGGAAGUGCAAU